AUGGGUGCCAUCAUUUCUAUUUUCAAGGGUGGUGCAAAGGAAGAGGAACCUAUUGAUAUUCCUAUCGACUUUAAUGCACAACCUACUCCUGAAGAACAGCAAAUUUAUAAUUCAGCAUCAGAAAUACUUUCCUUUGCUCCAAAUAUUCUUCAAGAUUUGAGAAACUAUACUGGCUGUGGAGAGGCUAUUAGACAGGCAAUUUCCACUCCAGGAAGAGCAACUGAAGAUGCCGCAUGGGCAGUUGUUUGUCCCGCCGUUGUAAAACUAAAAGAGUUUUAUGAUUUUAGCAGCAGCAUUGAACAACUUGUUCCAAGAAUCUGGCAAUUCUUUGGAAAGGGCGAUGUUUCUGCUAGUUUUGAAAAGUAUCAGGCAACUGCUCGACGCCUUGCAGAAAUUCUUGACUUUGCAACACAAUUUGACGGUCUCAAGAUGAGUAAUCCAAAUGUCCAAAAUGACUUUUCCUACUACCGUCGCAGCGUUUCUCGAAUGAAAAUGAAUAAUGCACAACUUGUCGCUGUUGUUUCGGACGAUCUGGCCAAUAAAAUGUCUCUUUUUUUUGCACACUCGAGCCCAGUCACCAAGGCCUUGAUCGACGCUACUGCUUUGACCAUCAGUUCACGCGCCAUUUCACAAGAUGCUGCUUCGGAUAUUCUGUCCACCCUGGCUGGUAUUGCAUAUAGCACUGUUGCAAAGAACAGAGCUGGAAACGAUACUGGUUUUUACUUGCGUGUCAUGGUCAUUUCAAUUGUUUUGUAUGAUCAUGUUGAUCUUGCAGGCGCUUUUAUUAAAACUUCCAAAAUCAGCAUCAAAUCAUCAGUCAAGGUCAUUCAAACCUAUGGCGGUUCCGCUUGCGAUACACUAUUAAACUCUCUCCGAUAUUCCACUCGACAUCUGAAUGAUGAAACAACUCCAAAGGUUACCAAGCAACUCUUGGCUGUCUAA